CGACACUCAACGAUCAAGCCACAACGGCUGGGUGUCCCCGAAGUGUGUAAUAUGUUGGCCACAACUCGAAUAACUGGACACCGUUUGCCCAUUACCUACGACCUGCGGCAAUGCUCAGUCUUUGUUAAUUGGAUGUGUAGACGACGCAGUCCAACCGGCAUGUUAUUCCGGGCUGGGGAAAUCCACUGAUCACAUUCAUGGGCGCAAGCGGCUGAUGGACAUACCAUAUAGUACUAUGGCAGCCUGACCGCGACUGCGCUGCAUCCCACAUGUUCCCUCCUUCUCACUACCUACAGGGCGAUUCAGAGAUGGCGCGCAUUAUCCGCUCGCCGUUCAAGCCGGUCCCUCCUCUCCCAGAGCAGAACGUGCAUGACUUUCUUUUCAACCACCCGGAUAACCAGCCUGCGAAAGACUACACUGUGCACGUUGACGGGCUCACCGGGCGGAAGGUCUCGAGGCACGAGUUUGUGGAGCGCGUGCGCGACGCGGCUACUGCGCUGGGUACGCCGACGAUCGAGGGCGGAUUGGGCAUUGGAGAGAAGGAUGGAGAGAUUGUUGGGAUAUUCAGCCACAACGCCCUGGAUUUCCCGGUCCUCGUCAAUGCGCUUCUUGUCAUUACAACCCCGUUCGCGCUGCUUUCUGCCUACUCCACUCCCUUCGAGCUCGCCCAAAGCUUACGCACGUCCAAGGCUACACGCCUGUUCGUGCAGUCUGACUUGCUGUCGAUCGCUUUACAGGCUGCGAAGGAGGUCGGUCUCCCCGAGGACCGUAUUUACAUUCUCCAUGGGCAUGUCAAGGGGAAGGAGACGCUCGACGACUUAAUUCAACAUGCUAGGCAACAGCGGCUACUGAGGGUCCAGGUGAAGCCUGUUAAGAAGGACACGCUGGCUUAUUUGGUGUUUUCGAGCGGUACUACGGGACGCUCGAAGGCGGUAAUGAUAUCGCAUGGGAACAUCUGCUACUCGUUGGUGCAGAAUGAUAUUUCCUUCAAGGAGGAUGGCAGCCCCCGUCCACCGUCCCCAUUGAUAUGGCUGGGGUUUCUGCCGAUGUAUCACACGUACGGCCUACAUCUGUUCUGCUUCCGUGGAUUCUGGGUACCCUCAACCAUCGUUAUUAUCCCGAAGUGGGACUUGGUUACAGUAGUGAAGCUGAUACCAAAGCUCCGUAUCAACGUGCUUUGGAUGACACCCUCUGCCGUGCAUCAGCUCGCACAUAGCAAAGACUGGCGGAAAGAAGACUUCGCUUCUGUGCUUACUGUCGGAGCUGGUGCUGCAUACCUCCCGUUGUCACUGGCGAAGCAUAUGAAGGAGAGACUCGGGGAGAACAAGGACGUCACGCAGGGAUAUGGCAUGUCAGAAAUGACGAUAUCAUCUACGCGCAUGCCCACGCCUAACAUGUUCGGCGGGCGCAUCCCGCCCAUGGCAGACUCCGUCGGGGUACUCUUGCCCGGACAAGACGCGCGAAUCGUGCGGGAGGAUGGGUCUGACGCAGAUGUGAACGAGCCGGGAGAGUUGUGGAUGCGCGGCGGCAACGUUGCCCUGGGAUAUUGGCAGGAUGAGGAAGCGACGCGGCGGACGUUCUUGAAAGAUGGCUGGUUAAGGUCCGGAGACCAAUUUAGAGUGGACGAGUUGGGGAGGCUGUUCUUCAUGGAGAGAGUGAAGGAUACUUUGAAAGUGUCUGGCUUCCAAGUCUCUCCGACGGAAAUAGAGGACGUGCUCAUGGCUCACCCGGAGAAGUUACUAGUAGAAGCGUGCGUAGCCGGCGUCUCCAGUGGGCGGUCGUCCGACGAGAAGGUUCCGCGGGCAUGGGUGGUCCUAAGCGACGAGGGUAAAGCACAAGGAGAGCGUACUGUAGUGGCGAAGCUGGAUGAGCAGGUCCGGAAGAAUUUGAGCAGAUAUAAGUGGCUUAGAGGUGGGAUUGAGGUCGUGGGUGAGAUUCCGAAGUUACCUACCGGCAAGGUUCUCCGGCGUGCACUGCAAAGUCAGCAUGAAGAGCGGCAGAAGGUGUCUGCGAAGUUGUAAUGGGUCAUCUGAGGGCUUCGCGAGGAUGAUGUGUAGGCUGUUCUUGUAUAAAUGCUAUACAUGUAGAGUUUUAAGAUACAAAGAUUCCAUACGGAUACCUGUACACGUCCCACAUCUCCGCACGACGAC